UGCUGUGCUCGGCUCACAGUUAUCUAAAAUCAGGAACUUGGGUUAAGAAAGAGGAAAAACUGCAGUAUCAGGGUUGUGAGGUCGGCGUCCUCCCUCCCCUACAAUCCCACACAAAGGGGGGCACCAGGUGACUCCAUUUUGACCCCCUUGAUCAAUUUUUCGACUCCCAGGGGAGCUGGGACCCAGAGAAAAAAAGACAAACCAAGGUCACAGAGAAGUCCUGAUUAAUAGAAUUUUGGAUGUUCCCAGCGGGCAGGAUGGACGGGUUUACCCUUAUCUCUACGGCACAUCCGGAGGAACUGAUCGCUUAUGAUGCCGAGCUUUACCGCCAACAUCAUGAAUACUACCCGUACAUCAGUGACAGUGAGAGCCAUGCUUCCUUCUUAGAACAUUACUGGGAGUAUCCUAACCCUCAUCUACAUGGAGAACUGGAAGGAUUCCCUGAUUCUCAGCUCACGGAACUGCAGAGCGUUCAACCUCCCCAGCUGCAGCAGCUCUACAGACACAUGGAGGAGCAGAUGCAUGUUCUGGAACCUGGGUUGCCUGCAUCACAUCCUCACCUCACCCUAGGCCAUCAGGUCUCCUACAUGCCCCGUGCAGGUCUGCAGUAUAUAACUGCUGGACAACCCAGUUCUGAUGAAGAGGAACAUGAGAGACGUAGCCCACCACUGGAAGUUUCAGAUGGAGAGAUGGACUCUCGGGAACCUACUUAUGGCAUGUUACAAGUAGAACCAGGGAGCAAGAAAAAGAUUCGCCUCUACCAGUUCCUUCUGGAGCUACUGCUGAGCGGAGACAUGAAGGACAGUAUCUGGUGGGUGGAUAAAGAUAAAGGCACAUUCCAGUUUUCUUCAAAGCACAAAGAAGUCCUUGCCUAUCGCUGGGGCAUGCAAAAAGGCAACAGGAAGAAGAUGACUUAUCAGAAAAUGGCCAGGGCGUUGCGUAACUAUGGCAAGACUGGCGAGGUGCACAAGAUCAAGAAGAAACUGACAUACCAGUUUAGCAGGGAGGUACUUCAAAAGUCUUUUAACCCAAGGAAACACCUCCAUCACUGAGCUUAAAUCUCCUCAUGGCUGGGCAUUGCCAGUACUUGCUCUUGGCAUUUUGGUACGAAAGACUCCAAGGCUUCCAUGUGUGGAACAGAAUAAAGCUGUACAUAUUAUUGUAAUUAUUCAAUUGUAUGCCGUACACAAACAGGCAAAGCGUGUCCCUGUCCUGUAAAGCUUAAUGACCUUGGAGUCUAAAGAACAGUAUGAUCAAUAUUACAGGGAACUGACAUGGGAGCCAUGCUGAAGCUCCUCUAUGUCAGAGCCCAAGACAUACCACCACCUACCCCAGAAUUUUAGGGUGUUUUUAUCUGUGUUCAGUUACAUAUCUUUUCUCCAUUGCCCAUGUGUUUUACAUUCUUGCUUCUCUCCUGUCCUUUAAAACCACCUUCACAAUCUCCUUCCCUCCAGCUUUGCAUUAGGCCUAUGGCCAAUUACCUUUGCUUUUAUGCACACCCCCAUACCUUCUUCUACACUUUCUCUUUUGUUCUUCACUUCCACUUUCUUUUCUGCUUUCACUUUCUUCUCCCAGACCUUUCCUCUUUCUCCUCUUGCUAGACUUUGCCUUGGGCUCUCUCCAGUUACAGGUCAGGUCAGCUUUUUAUUGGCCCAGAUCUGCAAACCCAAGUAAACGUAAUGCACGGCAGUCUUUGAAAAAAGUUGUAGCCUUCAACUCAAGAGUCCAUUGUAGAAGUGCAGCCAUAGCAAGUUCCAUAGCUUUUUGUUGGGUUUUUCAUUACCCUGAUUACUCCAUCAACUCCUUGCUCUGAAACAGAGAUGCCUUCUUCUAUGGAUUAUACCCAUUUAAUGUUAAACCCUCUCCCCUUGCUUUGCUCAGAUUUUCUUCUCUCUCUCUUCCUCUGUGUGUUUCACAACCUCAUACCUUCUUCUACACUUUCUCUUUUGUUCUUCACUUCCACAUUCUCUUCUGCUUUCACUUUCUUCUCCCAGACCUGUCCUCUUUCUCGUCUUGCUAGACUUGUGCUCUCCAGUUGCAGGUCAGCUUUUUAUUGGCCCAGAUCUGCAAACCCAAGUAAAUGUCAUGCACGUCAGUCUUUGAAAAAAGUUGUAGCCUUCAACCCAAGAGUCCAUUGUAGAAGUGCAGCCAAAACAAGUUCCAUAGCUUUUUGUAGGCUGGGUUUUUCAUUACCCAGAAUACUUUAUCAACUCCUUGCUCUGAAACAGAGAUUCCUUCUUCUAUGGAUUAUUCUGCUGCACUCAUACCCAUGUAAUGUUAAACCCUCUCCCCUUGCUUUGCUCAGAUUUUCUUUUCCCUCUUUUCCACUGUGUGUUUCAAGGAAGAGUUGGGAGUGAGCCAUACAGGUGUGAGCGAGAGCUGAAACAGUAUAUGCAACCCUUCUUAUUUUAAUAUUUCUCUGAAAAUAUGUGUUUAGAGAGAUAGAGCAAGGUGGAUCAAGCAGGGUCACAUCUAGGGAUGCACCGAAUCCAGGAUUCGGUUCGGGAUUCGGCCUUUUUCAGCAGGAUUCGGAUUCCGAAGAAUC